AUGGAUGCAACUACACAAUUUGCUAGUAAUGUGACAUUGAUAAACGUUACAGAACAGGAAACGUUCAACACGACGUUAUCAAAUGUUUCCGAAUGGAAGUUUCCGCCGGUCGGUUACAUGUACUAUGUAGACAUGAGUGCGCUGCUCUGGAGGGUGAUUCCGUCAUUUCUUAUUUCCAUUGGAACGAUCGGAAACGCUAUGACUAUUUUUGUGCUGCUUCGUCAGAAGAAGAUGACGUCAACGGCGAUGUUCCUGUUUGCUCUGGCGCUUUCAGAUACGUUCGUGUUGUUCAGCGCAGUUCUGCCAGACUUGGUGUUACAUACCUGGGGCGUUGACAUCAAGAUGCUGAGUAACCCCGGGUGUAAAGCGAUAGCUUACCUUACAUUCUGCAGCAUCCAGCUCUCCUCGUGGCUGAUCGUGGCUGUAACGCUCGAGAGAACAGCGUGUGUGCUCUUCCCGCAUAAAGUGAGACUGGGUUGUUCCCCACGAAACGCUGUGUUGAUCAUCGUCACUAUAGUUCUAGCCGUGUUCGGAAUUAAUAUCAUAAUACUCGUGGAAUUUGAUGUGAAUAAUUGCGCAUGCACCCCGUCCACGAAGGAAUACUACGACCUAUUAGAAUACGUUUACGGAUGGAUCGACUUCACGUUAACGUUCGGCGCGCCGUUCCCGCUUCUUCUCGUUGGCAACGUCAUCAUCGUAGUGCAGCUCGCGCGUUCAAGACGUCAGCGGAUGAACAUUUCCGGUCAGGCACGCGACACGCGUCCAGUUUCGAUUCUAAUGAUUGGGCUAUGCGUGCUGUUCCUCGUCGUGAUGACACCAGUGUCUGUCUUUUUGUUGUAUUCCCCCUACCAAUGGGAGCAGCAUUUUGCGCUCGCGUCAGUUGAUCCUUACACGACCUUGUACGAUACCGCGUAUUUUUAUUUCCUUUACGAUGUUGCCAUUCUGGUCUGCUACUUCAACUACACCUUCAACUUUGCAUCUACGUGUUCAGCGGCUCAAAGUUCCGCGCAGAGCUGA